GAAGUGGCUACGAAUUGUCAAAAAUGAAUUAGUUUACUAUGAAUUUGUUUACAUUUUUUAGUUGUAUGACAAAUGCCACGCAAUUGUGACAAGUGUUAAAUGUACAUUUAAUCUAUAGAUAAAUUUGAUAACAUACAUAUAUAAACUGUCCAACAUUGAACAAACGAAUAAUAUCGAAAGAAAAAAUUAACAAUGGCUAAUAAUCAAGUGUUAAAUGAAAAAAAUGAUAUAAGCGAUGAUACAAAGGUUGCUCUAAUAACCGGCAUAACAGGACAGGAUGGUUCUUAUUUGGCUGAAUUUUUGCUUGAGAAAGGAUAUAUAGUGCACGGCAUUAUACGAAGAGCAAGUACAUUCAAUACGAGUCGUAUUGAACAUUUGUAUGCUGAUCCGAGCAGUCAUCGCGAAGGAAGGAUGAAGUUACACUAUGGUGACAUGACGGAUUCUAGUAGUUUGAUCAAAAUUAUAUCAGCCAUUCGACCGAAUGAAAUUUACAAUUUAGCUGCACAAAGCCAUGUAAAGGUGUCUUUCGAUCUCAGUGAGUACACAGCUGAAGUUGAUGCCGUUGGUACACUUCGACUGCUAGACGCAAUUAGAACGUGUGGCUUGGAGAAAAAAGUAAAGUUUUAUCAAGCAAGUACGUCUGAACUUUAUGGAAAAGUAGUGGAAACACCUCAAAAUGAGAAAACACCAUUUUAUCCGCGAUCACCUUACGCUUGUGCCAAAAUGUAUGGUUUUUGGAUUGUUAUCAAUUAUCGUGAAGCGUAUCAAAUGUUCGCAUGUAAUGGUAUUUUAUUUAAUCAUGAAUCGCCUAGGCGCGGUGAGAAUUUCGUAACACGAAAAAUAACGCGGUCAGUAGCCAAGAUUUCGUUGAAUCAAAUCGAAUAUUUUGAGUUGGGAAAUUUGGAUUCGCAACGUGAUUGGGGCCAUGCAAAAGACUAUGUUGAAGCAAUGUGGUUGAUGUUACAGCAAAAAGAGCCACAAGACUUUGUUGUGGCAACAGGUGAAACGCACAGUGUCCGUGAAUUUGUCGAAGCUUCAUUCGGUGUAAUUGGACGAAAAAUUCUAUGGCGCGGAGAGGGAGUGAAUGAAGUAGGUGUUGAGGCUGGUACGGAUAUUGUACGUGUUAGAAUAAACCCAAAGUAUUUUCGUCCAACUGAAGUUGAUUUACUUCUUGGAGAUGCAUCAAAGGCACGCCAAGAACUUGGUUGGAAGCCAAAAGUUUCAUUCUUAGAUCUAAUUAAGGAUAUGGUUGCCUCUGACAUUGAACUGAUGAAAAAAAAUCCAGUCGCUUGAAGAAUUACUACAAGCACUGACAACUUAUAUUUUGACCUUUAAACAGAAGAAACUUUUUCAGAUUUAUCACUUUUAUUAUGUAAACAACAUAUAUAUCGAUCAAAAGAAAGAUUUGGGACUGAACUUUCAGCUCUCUUAAAUCUCAACUUGUUUUUAAAAAAGUGACCUAAAGCUGGCUAAAUUAGUAGUAACAGAAUAAUGAUUUUAAUACAGACUUUAUUCUAGCACUAAUUUUUAAUUCGCUUGCCAGUCAACUAUUUUGUCACGAAAUAGUCAGUCAUUUUCUUGCACAUUCAAAUAGCUUAUUGCCAUUCCGAUACACAUUUGAUUGAAUAACUGCUCUUUUUACCUAAAACGCACAUUUUUAAUGCAAAAUAUUCAGGGAUAUUUUUAUAAGCUAAUUAUAUGAUCCCUAAAUGCGUUCAAUUUUCGUAAACAGUUAUAUGUUGUUAUAUAAUAGAAAUUGGUGGUGACAGUAGU